AUCAGCGGUCGAAAUGAGGAAGAAGGAGGAAGUGGAAAAACAAGCGAGACGAGCGCAAGUGCGAGUCCGGCUUUUUGUGAACAGCCAGGAGUGAAUGUUAAUAGUUUGAAGUUAUUGUUGUUCGAGAAGAGGUCAAAGUCGUCCGGGAUGAUGUUGUGUCGCCAGAGGAUGAAGGAGGACGACUAAUUAAUGUGUUUGGAUGACUAUUCUCCGAGGAGCGCCGCACACACACACGCCGGUCUCCCUCGCUUGGUGUGAGAGGAAUACUAACGUACCAGAGGUGCAGGGGGACGGUGAGGUUCCCCUACCAGAUGGCAUGGAGAUUAUGAGGACAGCAGGCCAGCAUGUGUAAUGCAGCACAACCGGUGUGGAUGUCUGCUAACAUCUCCCACCAGCUCCCAUCGACGUGGGAUAUCAGAAGUCAAGGUUACUUCCUCAACCCCUGGCAAAGCAGCCAUGACGUCCAAAGGUGCAAAGGAGACCAUCGUCACCAGACUGGGUUUCAAGUCCAGCAGCUCCGGCUCCAAGGCCGAGGCAGAGCUGGACAAAGUCAGGAAGGAGAACGCUCACCUGAGGAAGAAGAUUGAUGAGCUGGCCAAACGGCAUGUCAAACCACCCGACUCUGACAAAAGCAAGCUCCUGGAGAGGAUUCUGUCCCUUGAGACGCUACGAGAGAGAAACAAUCAGCAGCUGCUUGUUAAAGAGCAGGAACUAGAAACACUGAGACAGCAGCUGACAGCCAGAGGAGGAGAGGUGGUAGCAUCGCUGCAGGCCCAGCUGGAACAGAGGAGGAGGGAGGCCGAGCAGAGAGACGUGUUGUUCCAGAACUUGUCACAGGAGACGCAGAACCUGAAAAACCAGCUGGUCACUGUUUCCAGCCGGUGUCAGACCUUGGAAACACAGGCAGUGAAUGGACAGGUUCCUCCUGCUGACUUGGCUUUGGUACAAGAUCAACUGAGAGAUGCUCUUGAGAAGAACCAGCAGUGGCUGACGUACGACCAGCAGCGAGAGGCCUACGUGCAGUCCGUCGUCGCCCGCUCCGUGGAGCUGGAGCAGCAGCUGGCCCAGGCCAAGCAGCAGCAAAUCAAACAAGAGACCACUUCAGAUGCUCCGGAUAAGGAUGCUCAGCUAAAGAGCCACUAUGACCAGCUGCUGAUGGGGGCGCAGAAAGACCUGGAGAGCCAAAAAGAUCAGGUCACCAGAACCCAACAGGAGCUCAGUGUGCAGAGGCAACAGACCUUGAACGCUCAGGCAGAGCUGCUGUCUCAGAAGGAGCAGGUCAGCAGGCUCCAGGAGGAGAUGUCGACGCUGCAGAGGAGCUACGACGACAAGUGCGGCGAGCUGACAUCCUUUCUGAGGAAGUACAAAGAGAAGGGCGAAGAGCUGGAGGAGGCCAAGAUGCAGCUGCAGGCAGAGCGAUUCAGCAACAGGCAUGAAGCCUGUGAGGAGAGAAAAGUGUCGUCCGAGCGGGCGGACAGGAUGAGAGCAGAACUGGAGAGUGUGGAAAUCAGGCUGGAGGAGGAGAGGAAGAGAUCUGCUGAGCUUCUGUUGCAGGUAAAUAUGCUGCAGAAGUCUCUUCUGAGACAAAACGAAGAACAGAGGAGAAUCACAGCGCUGGAGCAACAGCUCCAGCUCUCUGCCAAGGACUUUGAGAAUGAAAAGAUUGAUCGCCACAGCAUGCAGCACCAGUUACAUAAGGUGCUGAAGGAGCUCCGCAAGGCCCGAGAUCAGAUUGCUAAACUGGAGUCUGCUAAGCAGCCAAACACCCGUUUCUCCGAGCCCAGCUCCUACAACAGCCUGGAGUUCGAGCGUCUCACUAUCACCGACCCUCAUGGUCCCACGUCCCCCUCUAAAGUCACCAGCCUCCUGGAUGAGAGUUUCCUGGAGUGCCCAAAGUGCCGGGCGCCCUAUCCCACCAGCCGCCAUAGGGAGCUCCUCACGCACAUCGACUACUGCUUAGCCUAAACUAGAAGAGUGUCUCGAUCAGUGGUUCCCAACCAAAGUGUUUCUCUUUCUUUCUGUACUUUUCCAGGCUUCUUAAUUGUUUUCACAUAAAAAGGGAGAGAGAAAAAAAACUAUUUGGUUAACCUGGUCAUAUUGACAUGCACUGUGUGAUACUGGGAUAUGGGUCACACACACCACAAAGGUUGGGAACCACUGGAUUAGAUUGUGAGAUCCCAAGAAGAAAGUUAAAUGCAGCUUAUUUUAUAAUCUGAAAGCCACGACAAAGCAGUUUUAGACUAUUGAGUAUGUUCUGAUCAUUAAACAAUACAGAUUUCCACAAAACAGGUGAGUAAAAGAGAUUUUUCAGCUCAUCUGGAAGGCUUCCAAACAAUUAUUUUAUUUCUGAGAGCCGAUCAAAGCUUCAGCUGGCUGAGAUCUCCUGCAAGAUGAUUAGUUUGAAAUACUGCUCCUGCUGUCAUAAUGAUCACACAAUGCAAAUACUGUUUAUUUCAUCACGGUAAUGGGCUGUGGCGAAUCGUCGUUUUGUCUUCACUCCGAAAGAUAUUGAAAUUAUUGUUUUGCUUCAGAGCUCAUUUAAAGGAUAAAUUCACCAUAAAGGGAAAAUGUAGUCAUUAUCCUCUCACUCUCAUUGCGAUGGAAACGUCAGGUGAAGCUUUGUAUUACAUGAAACAUUUCUGGAGCUUCACAGCAAAACGGCGCUGUAGCGUUCUCCUGAACAGCUGAGGAAGAUGUGGGACUCGGUUUAGGGGAAGAAAGCUGUUUUGCUUUGAAGCUCCAGAAAUGUUUUGCUUACUACAAAACUUCAUCCAUCUUUCCACCAACAGGAUAUGAUUAGGUAAUGACUGAAUUUCAAUGUGGGCUGAACUCCUUAAAGAUCCAAACCAGCUGGCACAAUUUCAUUCUCAGAAGAUAGGCAAGUAGAAUUUUAUUGAACCUUUGUAUAUUAAUCGGAAUCAAGGGACAUUCUUAAAAUGCUGCAUAUUUUGUGUUCAGCCUAUUUUAUUUUAGUUUAACUGUUUAAUGCUAAGUGAGUAUGACAAUUUUUAAAAAUGAAUCUGCUCUGGUUCUUUUUGCCCAAAGAUUGAUCUGAUCAUGGAUUCAAAAAGGACUUAUUCGUUCUGUCUUCCUGCAUAAUUUUUAUUAGAUAAAUUGUCUUGUUGCAGUUUUUCUUCCGAUGAAGCUCUUUUGAGAAUUUAAACUGUUUUAUCUUUGUGUGCAUUUGAUGAAAUUAUUUAUUCUUGGGUCGCUGUCUUGUUUCCUUUUUGUUUUUAAAAUGAGCUACUGUCUUUUGAAUGAAAGCUUUUUAUUUCCCUUCACUGAAUGUAAGCAAUGAUAAUUAUGUAUUACUGUAAAUGUUGUUAUUGCAUCAUCAUGGGAGGUGCCUUUUUAUUGUAUUUUGUUUAAGUUUACAAACCUGCCUCAUAUGUUCCACACUGUUCCUCCACUCCAUUCUCUUUAGUAAUUGAUACCUUUGGUGGAUUUGUGUAACAUUGUCCUCAGCAUGUGUAAUAUUGAAGGCAUCUCUGCAUUGUUCUUACCCUUGCGGUAGUGAUUAUUUGAGGUGAAUGACAACACAGUAGGGGAGUAUGUGUAUCUUUCAGCUUUUUGUGUUCUUGACCACGAUAAUAGUCACCAUAAUUUUGUACAGAAUAUCUUACUAUGCAUCCAGGGUUUACCUGUUAAAUUUGUAGUGUUUCUGUACCAUUACAACCUAUAACAGUGUUUCUCUGUCUGGUGCUUUGCAAACAGCGGGACAAAUCAUGUGACUGCAACCAUGACCAAGAUCCUCCUCUAACCUUAACCACGUAGUUUGAUUUGCUGAGACUUAACCAAGCCAUACAUCCGGCUGGAGCUCAGUCGGUCACAUGGUGCCUGGUUUUCCGUGUAUUCUUCCCUGUUCAAGCUCCCUUCCAUCCCCACCUUGACUUUUCAAGCCUGCAGGCCUGUGAGUCUGCAAUGAGAUUGCAUCCGCUAAUUCCUUGUACUAAACUAUUUAAGGGAGGGGAUUAGUGAAAGUCCUGUUGGUCGAGGAAAGGGGUUAAGAUUGCUUUAUUCCUGCAGCCUCGGCAAUGUGACUAGAUAUACUUCAGACAGACAGACACUGCUAUACUGUCAUCUUUUUUAGAUAUUGUUUGGUUUUAAAAAGGGACUUAAAUUGAAUUCGAGCCGAGAAUCAUGUCAAUUUGACCGACUUUUGUCCAGUUUGCUGGGGUUUUUUAAAAAAGUUAUUUUGUUUUAUUUGAAUCAUUUGCUCCAAAGUUGUUUCUUCGUGCACUGAACUGUAUAAAAUGUGCAAUAAAGAUGUAAAUCUCCUUCCAACUCAA